AUGGACCGCGAUGUGAAGGAGUUCGUGCAACAAUGCCUGCAUUGUAUGGAUUCUAAAUCUGGUGAGAUAGUGCCGCGUCCUUUUGGAGAGACGGUUCAUGGCAAGCGACCUGGAGAAGUAUUACACUUCGACUACCUUCAUGUAGGCAAGAGCGGACCGCUCGGCGCGGAUGGGCUGGACGAAUCUGAUGGAUAUGUAUAUUUGUUGGUGAUGAUGGACGAUCUUAGCAACUUCGCGUGGAUGGAGCCGACUGGUACGUGCACGGCGCGGUUAACGGCGCAACACCUCCUGAAUUGGUGUAAAACGCUGGGUGUGCCUGAAGUUUGGGUAAGCGACACCGCCACUCAUUUCAAAAACAGCGUAAUGGACACCUUGGAGAAAGCGUUGGGUGUUGAGCGACGCUUUACCGUGGCUAACUCGCCCUGGUCGAAUGGAACGUGCGAACGUAUGAUGCGCGAGGUAGUACGCACGAUGAAAGCCGUUUUGCAGGAACGACGGCGAAAUUUGCGGGACUGGGUGGAUCUGGUGCCGGCAGUUCAAUGGGCGCUAAACACCGCGUAUCGUGAGCGGUAUGCAUCAACACCUUAUCAUGUCAUGUUCGGCCGCGCUCCUCGCACGAGUUUUUCCACCCUGGCGUCGUCGUCUGGGGAAGCCUGGAACAUCGACACGCUUGAUGCGACCAAGUUGAAACAACAAGUCCAAAAUGUGAUCCAGACUCAAGCGGUUCUGCACAAACAAAUUCAACAGAAGGUGGAUCACAAUCGUGCCAGGCAACGUGCGGCGGCAAGUCGCGGUGAUUUACCAGCAUUUACGGUGGGAGACUAUGUGAUGGUGGCACGUGUCCGUCGCAGCGGAAUCACGCCCAAAUUGUCCUCUACUUGGACUGGUCCUUGGCGCGUGGUAUCGGCCGCUAAAAAGCACGUUUACGGUGUUCAGAACAUCGUUAAUGGGCAGGUCCGCGAUGUCCAUGUGGCUCGUCUGCGGUUCUACGCCGAUUCGGAACUGAACGUCACAUCCGAUCUCAAAGACGUGUUCCAACACUCUUUCGGGCAAGGCGAACAUGAAAUGGAAUCUAUUCUCAACAUUGGACCAGCUCAUGAUGGAUCGGGAUAUCUUGUUCGUGUGCGGUGGGCUGGGUUCGAGGAGGACGAAGACACUUGGCAACCACUUUCGGAUAUUUACCAGGAUGCGCCGCAGUUUUUGAAGCAAGAGUUGCGCAAGAUGAAGCUAUCCAAGGAAAUCAAGGACAACAUCAAAAAGGAUUAUGGUAUCGUUUUUUAACGGCCAAAUGAGUUGAAGUUGCGUGGAAAAGGGCGAGGAAAUCUUACUACCGCAAGAUAGCAUUGUUCAUUUAUAUGUUUGUCUUGGUUUUUGUAGUUGUUUCUGAAGACGCCAUCACACAGUAUAAUGAUGAAAUAAUUAGUAACACGAAAUCAGGCGAAUAUGGUGUUUAGUGUAAACAAACGCGUUAGGAUUGAAUAAAAUUUUAGCGUGUGAUUAUGUGGUUUCGCAUCAUUUAGUAUGUGCCUACCAUUGUUUUGUCAAGCACAUAGUGUCUACGAUUGGAAUGUAGUAUGCGCUUUGGGGGCAUUGUGGACAUUGGCCGUGGUAGUCACAGUGUAGGAAGGUUCUACGGAGAUCUUGGGGACUCCGUGUGUGAAGAUAUCACAGGGGCCAUACCCUGUGUGUGAGGAUUGUGUGGACUCUCCGUCUUGUGUUCCACUCCUCCUAUCUUGUGAUCGAUGAUAUAAUACAAGUGAAGAAACAAACAUCACCAGCCCCUUGGGGGAAAGGAGUCCUGGUGGCUCGAGGACAACUCCAACUGUCCAUAGGCUGCAGAUAUUGUUCGAUUUCGCUUGUGAUGCCUUGGAUCCUUGCUUUAGCAUAAUCAGCACCAUUGUGUACAUACUUGACGAGGUAUCUUACGCAUGCGGUUGCAGUGACAACGUCGACACAUAUGUGGCAAUCAAACAUCAAUAAAAGGCACGGGUUGUACGGGACAAUCCGCUGAUUACUGAUCCGAACGUCUUGCCACUUCCCGCCAACUUUUGCACGUAUGGUGGGAUUUUCGCCAUUGUCGGCACGUUUGUAUUCUGCGCGUCCUGUACGGUCGUUGAUGUUUCUGUGCUUUCAAACGGUUGAGGUACGCAAUUAAGGCACCCGGGUUAUCCGCGCCAUCUCUGCCGCGCCUCUCUACAAAACCAGUGACGUCAUUACACACACCCCAACACCUGUAUUCAGGAAAAAACAACGGAAAAAAAACUGACAAUACAAGGGAUGUUUGUCCGUGCGCCACGGUUCGAUGUCGUCCGCCUGCUCCGGUGCCGCUGCUCCGGUGCCGCUGCUCCGGUACCGCUGCUCCGGUGCCGCUGUGGCCAGUCCUAGCACGACCAAACUCGACCCGCU